AUGGCGGAAGACAACAUACACAAAUGGAUUGCGAGGGAAGGAGGAAGAGUUGAAGAGAAAGUCAGGUUCAUUUGGGGGAAGGAAGAACGAACAGAAAAGGAUACAGCAACGAAACAAAAAUUCGAAAACUUAGGAAAGUAUGAGUCACCAAAGAAGAAGACUGAAGCAUUGAUGCAGUGUAAGAAGUCGUCGGCGGACGAAAGGGUAUCAGAAAGGAGGAAGAAAGUUUCCACGCGACAAGUAAAAUCCUGUUCGGUGCACGGAACUACCACUGUAAGCGUUGAAACGGUUACAGUUACAAGGAAAGCUAUACCAAUAGACGGUCUUAGUUUUCGUUGGUUCAAUCAUUUCAUUUAAUCUCCCGUGUCUCCGAAGGUCAUUGUCAAGGUUAUAUCGUCGUCACU